AUGAGAUCAAGUGAGGUCGAAGAAGGAGCCCGCAAAGUUGACUCCCACCUGGAUAUCGAUGCGAAGAACUCAAAACACGCUACCUCAUUUUCCUCGCCAGGUGCAACUUCUACAUACAAACCUGUAGCUGAGAGCAGCAUUCGAAUGGAUGAUGUCGUGGACGUGGACACUGUUCGCCCGCCGCCUGCAUUCGACUUGCUUGUGGCAAUGAUCGAGGCCUUCAAACCAAUUGUGAACACCUCUCGGGUCUCUACAUCGGCCUUAAAGAAGCAUGCUUUGGCUCUAGAGGUCAGAACAUUAGUCACCAAGUCAUCAACAAAGCGUGAUCCUCCUACCAACACAACCUCAGUUUUGUCUUCUAAUAGUUUCCAAGCGGGCAGCUUAUCGUCAACGCCAUCACCGACAAGAUUUCAACAAACUGGCCCUUCAUCAAAAAAAGUUGGCGGUCCGCAGAGACGCGAACUUGAUCCUAAUAAUCCAGAGUCAGAAAUAGCUCUCUCCUUGCUAGAUCCUGUAUCCCGCCUGGUUGCGAAUAUUGCUCAAAUCGAUAUGGAACGUGCUGCAGCGUUGGCCGAUGCCAUGCUAGCUGUGCUUCCACUAGAGCCUGAGGCACUUUCCUGCGCUAUUUUGAACAUUACAGAGCAGGCAUCUGUUUCAGUGGAAGCUGUUAUCCCUUUCAUCCUUCCAGCCAUUGGAAAAGCCUGGGGUAACUGGGGAGAAGGGCAGAUUUCAAAGGAGAAUCCAGAAAACCUGAACGACAUAUUCAAAGACAUAAUUGCUCAAGGGUCAAUCGUCAUCAACCAAAUCACGACCGCUACGGCAUUGAUUCAAGCUCCAACCAUGCAGGAAGUUUUAAAGCAGGUCGCCAAUGUUGUAUAUGCAGUGGCAAAUCAUUUGGAUCAAAUUUUCUGCGCCAUUGGCCGAAAUGAUGAUAGUCUACAACUUGAUGCUCUUGUUCCAUGCGACUCAGCUACCAUCGAAUCUGCAUCAGUGAAUAUUUUGACGCCGAACCCAAUAUCUUUGACACUUGGCAGCUCUUCAUUGGCAACUGCAACAUGGAACAUCAUACCUAACGCAAACCCUGAAGCUUAUGACACGCUAUCUGAAAUACUGCCUGAACCCUAUUCAAUCUCGUCGGCUUCCAACCCAUAUAUCCUACAAACUGGGCGUUCGCAAUUUUCCGUCACAGACCAAAGUGUUACAUGUACAGCAGGGACAUCCUCAAGCUCACGCAUAACUUCCCCUGGUCCCUUACCUUGUCCGGCCUCGGCGGUUGUCUCGACGCCAGGAGUGAACCCUAAGCCAGGCCCUUGUCCAGAGACAGGAUAUCAGUGCAGAGAUUGUCUCAAUGGAUGGUUUUGUCCCCCGGUAGAAACACCCCCUCAAGUUGUGCCUUGUGGAUUGGGAUGGCCUUGUUUUCACUGCAAAGAUGGAUACUUCUGCUCCUCAACUGCCGCCUUGGAUCCUACUGCAUACAUCCCGGAUAGUUACAGUGUUCCAUUGCGUCCUGCAAGCACCGAGGUAGUGGAGACCAAUAGCCCGACAGCACCUUCAGCUCCUACACCCAGUCACGACUUUUGCGUCGCGGUUCCCGGCUGGACAUAUUUGGGAUGCUUCCAAGAUGCUAUUUCACGUACGCUUCUGGGAUCCAAGCCUGUAGACUAUUUGCGAGGUUCAAUGUCGAAUUAUACGUGUAUCAACCAUUGCGCAGCAAAUGGCUACUCCUUUGCUGGCACUGAGCAUGGCUUAGAGUGCUGGUGUGGUGUGUCUAUCCGAGACGAUGCCGUUCGAUUACCCGAGAGCUGUUGCAAUGUGACCUGUCAAGACUCGGGAAACGAGUUCUGCGGUGGAUCUUGGGUAAUUUCUGUAUUCCAAUGCGCCGAAUCUAACGCUCAAUCUGGCCCAGGGAACAGCAACUCAUCAAUAUCAAAGGGAGUCCAAGCAUCAACACAACUGCCAGGCCCAUCGCCGACCGUCACUACGCCACCGCCAUAUCAACAAACCCAGUCACUAUCCGCAGCGUUGAAAACAACUGCGGAUUCGCUGCCAUACGCAAACGAGAGCAAAAGCAAGCAAACACCAUCUUCGGCCCAGCCAGGCCCAGUCGCAAAACUAUUGGCAAACGCAAGACAUUCUAAGUAG